AUGCACGUAAUGCACGUAGGGAAUGGAACCUUCCUACCUUCAAACUCUCAACUGCACUGUAUUUUGGACGUUGUGUUAUUUACUCGGAGCUUCUUGAUUGAUAUUCAUACUACGUGGAUUCAGAAAUGGAAACGAGUCAGGCACCUGAAGAGGUCAUCGAUGCUGACAAUUUGCUGGGCGACGUUAAACCAAGGGACUCCGCUCGAGGCUCCCAGCGGUUCCAGUGUCCCAGUUGUUCAAGAGGUUGCAUUGAUUCCUCAUACUGGAGAGGCUUUGCCUGCCGAGACUAGUAGCAGUGGUGAUGACCAUGAACUUCAUAGUCUUCUGAGUGAAGUAGCUUCACUGCGUCAUGCAAAGCAGAAUAUUGAAGAAGAGCUACUACAUGUUAAAGAAAAGUGUAAUGAACUUUCUACUAGAAACAGCGAAUUGCAAUCUCAAGUCGCUAGUAGCAUAGAAGACUUGAAUGAAAGAUGCCGACAGUAUCGACAAUUGGAGGCCUUACGAAAUGAUUUAGCGAGAGCGAAGAUGGAACUCGACUGUGACAUAGAGAGACUAAAGCAUGAAAAGGACGAAAGAGAUAAUGUUGUUCGUAAUCUGACGAAGGAGAAACAUCUGAUUGCUACAGAAAACUUCGCUUUGAAGGACGAACUACAGAAAGUUCUUCAUGAAAAAGGUGUUCUUUUGCAGGAGAAAAGCAGCCAAGAACAGGAUAUGCGCAUGCUGAUGUCAGAACGUGAACGAGCGCGUGCUGAGAGUGAAGUUUAUACGAAUUCACGUCAGUGGUUUCUCAAAGAAAUUGCUGAGAGGGAUAACAAGUGUGCUGAGCUGAAAAUAGAGAUUAGUGCCAAAGAGCUAUCGUGGCAAAGGGAGAGACUCCAACUAAAGGACGAAAUUGCACGUCUUGAACUAGAGGCAGAGGAUCACAAUGGACAAUUGCUGCUUCAGAAAAAGCGUUCCGAAGAUACAGUAGAGAGGAUCGAACAGCUCUCCAACGAACACGUUGCUGCUAUCUCUGGUCUUCAAGCGGAGCUUCGAAAGGAACGGGAAUUAUCCAGUCUGUACAAAGAAUCCUUGGAGAAAGCGGAACAUGUUGCUGCUGAAAUAAGUGAACAGUGGAAAUCUCGUGAAAAUCUUUUUGAGGAAACAAAACAGGUGUUAGCAUCAAUACAGGAAGAAAUUGAAGAGGAGAAGAGGAUGAGAAGUUUGGAAGUUGAAAGGAAAAGUGAAGAAAUUGCUGAACUGAAGGAAGAACUAUCGAAAGCAAAUGAAUUGUUGAAGUCAAAACAUGCGGUACAUUUAAACGUCAGUGAAGACGAGCUUUCUGUACUGUCUCCAGCUGCCGUCGAGACUGCAAGGCUGCUUCGUGGGGGCCAGUCUCUAACAAGUAUUGUUCGCGAACAUGCUCGUCUCACAGGUGAAUUAGCUGAAUGUCGUGAAAGAAAUAAGCAGCUGGAGUUAAGCCUUAGCGAGAUGGUGGAUGAAAUAGAAGAACGUGCUCCUCACCUUUUUCAUCAGAAAGAGUUGUUAGAUAAAACAUUCGAUCACAACAGCAGAUUACAAGAGCAGCUCAAGGAAGCCGAUGAAGCUCGACGUCGUCUAGAAAGCGCGAAAGAUGCAACUACGAGAGAGUUAGCUUUCACACGAGCUGAGCUCGAAAAAUAUCAAAGGGACUAUGCUAAAGUGUCCAAACAGGUACAACAUCUCCUUUUUGUUAUGGAGAAAGAGAGACGAGGUGACGUUGAAGAAAUGGAUGAGAACGAAGAAGAAAAUGUGCGCUUGUUCAAUAACAUUGCACAGCUGCAGAAAUUGAAUCGGCGUUUGGAAUCUGAACUAGAAGUCGCUAAGACGUCGGCUGAACAAGUAGUGCUCACAACGAAAAAUGCAGAAAUCGAAUGUCUGAAACGAGAGCUAGAGAGUGCAAAUAAGGCGGAAUCAAGUCUGAAAGAAGAACUUCAACAAAUGCACACCACUUUUCAACUACUUCAAUCUCAAACCGAACAACUUAAAAAACUGGCACAAGAUAAUGUGAGUGCUGCUGAAGCGAGAACCGCUAAAAUAAGAGCUGAAGAAGCAACAGCGAAGGCACAAGCAGGUGAAGUGAAGGUGGCGCGGCUGGAAGAAUACAUUCGAGCGUUGAAGGAAGAGAGAGAAAUAUCGGAAAGGGUCCAUGCUGAUCGUACUGCACGGAGUGAGCAGGUAGUCGCAGAAGUUAAAAUGACAAACGCACGACUUGAAGCAUCCUUCGAGCUGCAGAAGCAAACGACUGCAGUUGUUGAGAAGGAAUUGGAGCGCUCACAGAAAGAGCUUGAUCACAUUCGUGAGGAAAACGAUCGGCUUCGUUCCAGUGACGUUCAUAUGGCUGGCAAGAUGGAACAACUGCAAAACGAACUUUUUGAGGUACAGCGAAAGGCAAAUGCUUACAAAGUUGAACGUCACGCUGCUCGAGAUGAACUGGAGCAUGCUCAGUUAACAAUUAACAGGUUGCAAUCAGAAAUCGAGGGUCACAAAAGAGCUGCGUUUAGUGAACAGCAGAUGAUCAUGUCUUUGAACGAGUUAACUGCACGUUUAUCCCGAGUGGAAGCAGAGAAGAUGACGUGUUUGGAGUCUCAGCUUGAGGUUAUUCGUCUUGAGCGCGAUAGCUUGAAGACAUCCAACGCUCGUCUUACCGACCAACUUUCACAUGCUCGAAACGAUGCAAAACAACUCCAGACUCGCUUCGAACAAGAAUUUGCGCUUAUCAAUGAGCAGCUUGUGGAAAAGGAAAAGGAACUUACUUCGAGCGAGCGGCAAUUGAUAGACCUGCGGGCGCGACUCAGUAAUAUGCAGGCGCAACACACCGCACAUGAAAGUACGAUAGGAAUGACUCCUGAACGUCUACAAAAGGAAUGUCAGCAACUCAAAAACCGUACCCAGUAUCUAGAAUGUCAGCUCGACGAAAUGAAAGCUAAAUUGGCGGAAGCGGAAGGUAUCGCUAGGAAGAAAAGCGAUGAAAACGAGAGAAUGGAAUCUCACAGCAGUGUGCUUGAAUCAAAUCUCAAACAAAUGGCCGAGCUUGGUUCGAUGGAGCGCGAGCGAUUAGAAGCUCGGGCCAGCAGUGCGGAAGCACGAUCAAAAGAACUUUCUGGCAGGGUAGCUCAGUUAUCAACAAACAUAGCUCAUUUGGAGUCUGAAAUCUCAGAAAUGAAGAUGCAGCACCUAGAGCGUGCAACUCAGCUUCAACUCAGAAUUGAUAUCUUAGAAGCUCAAAAAAAAGACGCAGACACAUCUGUAGAUCGUCUAAAGGAAUCGUUAAACGCGGCUCACAUUGAAUUAGAAAAGCGAUUUUACGAGCGAAAUCAGUUAUCAGAGGAAGUUGCCGAACUCAAAGCGACGGUGUCAGAAAAAGAAGGUCAACUGAUGCUAAGGGAUUCAAAAUUGGAAUCCAAAGAAAAAGAACUUCUGUGUGCAUAUAACGCAUCAAAAUCUGCGGAAGAAACUCUUCAUCAUGCGCAAGAGUUGCUUGGUACUCGUUCAAACGAAUUAGUUGCUGCCGAAGCAAGAUUCAACGAGGCUGUCAAACAGUACGAGGAGAAAAUAGAGCAAAUUCUAGAGAAAUACGAGAAUGUGGUUUCUCAAAUUACCGUGAAUCCAACUGUAUCUGAGGCCGCGGAGACUUGCGAUUUGGCCUCAAAUCCAACUUCGUCAGUAUCUGCCAUGGAAUCGCUGCACAGUGUUGUGAGCUUCUUGCGCGAAGAAAAACAAUUGGCUAUGUCGCGUUCCAUGUCUGCCGAAAUAGAAGUGAAACGGCUCCGUGCUGAAAGUGAUGAAAUUCGUUCUAAUCGUGACGAGCUCAGCGCAACUGUUCGCCGAUUGCAGUCGGAAGUUGUAGCAAACGCGAAUGCUUUAGCGGAGAAAGCUCAGCUGGUUGAACGUUUGGAAGCCAUGUCUGUUGUACAGCGACAAAAUACUAUGUAUAGAUGCGAAAAUGAAAAGUUACACAAGGUUUCAUCUGAACUUUCAAAACAGAAAAAUGAUUUGGAGGUGAAGUUUGCCGAAGUUACUGCAUCCUUCACUGAUGCAAACUCUAGAAUAACAGUGUUAACGUCUGAGCUGAACGCGAAGAAGAAGGAAGCUGAUUUACUGCGACAACGUAUUGCAGAGGCAGCUUUGAAAGGUGAUCAGGAAGUCAGAGCUGAGCUCGAUCAAUGUCGUUCAAAGCUUUUGCGGGUUGAAGCAGAGCUGUUGAAAGCAAGUGCUCAAGCUGUCGAGGCGGAAAAACUCAAAAUGACCGCAGAUGCGCGUGUGAAAGAACUAAUGGCGAAGCAUACCGACACAUGUACGAAAUUCGAAGCUACAAGAAAGCUAGCUCGCAGGUACCGUGAUGAGAAUGCAGAAGACAAACUAAAAAUAAGCAGCUUGGAGGCGGAAGUCACCCGCCUGAAAUCCAUUCCUGCGUCAGCAUCUGCUGUCGAGACUAGUUCUUCCCAAGAUGUCAGCACGAUGAAGGAAAGAAUCAAUUCUUUGGAAGAAGAGAAUGCGAAGCUGAGCAAUGAUUUAACCUCCAAAAUAGGUGAGUAUGAAGAGGUAAAGUUCCGUCUCAAUGCGAUGGCUCCGUCAUUCGAAAAAGCCCAAAGUCGUGUUGCGCAACUAACGGCCGAGAAAAGCGAGCUGAUGACUCGAAUUGCGUCUUUGGAAAGUCAAGUAUGUUCGGCAUGGGCAGGCAACAGCCAGCAUCGCCCAUCCGUUUCCUUGUCCGCCUCUUCAGUGAUGUCCAUUGGGUCGCAGCCUGAUAGCAUUGCUUCCGCAGACAGUGCUCCCACACCCGUGUCGACAUCAAAGCGGUUAGCAUUCGACUCUCCUGUUAGGUAUCAGAAUGCUCCUACCGUAACCACAUCUGCUGACACCAUUUCAGGGACAUCCCACUCCAUUGUGUCACAAUCUUCAUCUACGUUGUCUUUGCCUGUGGCUUCUCUUUCUUCACAAGUGCCGAAGUUGUUCAAAUCAAGUGUGGAGCCAGCAUACCCUUCUACUCAAACUGCUUCCGCUCCACUUGAAGAAGAAUCUGCGAAACACACUAGCAGCAGUGAAUCCACUUCAGCUGUGCAAGUACUACCUUCACCAAUUACUUAUUCACUAGCCACAUCUUCCGCUGCAAGAAUCAGCCCUGGCCAAUCCCUCUUCGGCAAAUCAGCUCCUGUCGCUGCUGCUAAUGUGAGCACAUCUUCUGCGAACAGCACAACAGCGGAUGGCAGCGGAUGCGGUUCUGUUGUCACUGAGGCAGAACAAAGUAGUCAGGUUAGUGGCAGUGGAGAAGUCCGAAGCGCAGAAACAAAUGACGACGAUGGCGCUGCACACAACGACUCUGCGGGAGAAUCGCGCGACAGUGGAAGUGGAAUGCCUGUGUCUUCAUCCGAUGGAAGAAGAAAAAGAGCAGCGGCAAACGACAACACAUCUAUCUGCGAAUCUAAACGUCAUCGUGACAGUCCAAGUGAAGUCGUGACUAGCAGCGAAGAGCGCCGCGACUUAGAUGUGAUUCCUGAAAGCAAUGUAGUUUCUGCGGCGGAUAUUGAAGGAAUGGAUGUUCCUGAUGGUGCCGAAGGAGACGACGACAUUGAAGUCCUCGAAGAAGGCCAGGAUGAUGUCAUGCAGCACGUAGAACUCCUGUCCGAUGAGGACGUUUCAGAACAGUCUAUGGACGACUUUGAAGAUGAAGAGGAAGAUGGAGGGAUGGAAUCAGACGAAGAGAUAGAUAACGGAGAUUCGGCUGAUGUCGUGGUGCUCUCAGACGGGGAAGAAGAUGCAGAAGAGAUAGGUGAAGUGGAAAUGGAAGAUGAUCACGGUGAUGAUGAGUUGGAUGAAGGAGAUGGUUUGGUUGUUGGUCAGGACGAUGAAGCACUUGCUGCUGAUGAUAAUUCUCUGGAUGUGCCGGUGCACGAUGCAGGCUUCGUCGAUGAAGAGGAUCGUGAGGCCGCUUCAGCCGUUGAAGAAGCAGAUGACGAGGGAAGAACGGACACUGGAAAUAGCUCGAGUGCGGGAACUUCUGCGAUUCUUCGUCAUGCGUCCGCAGCAUCGUCAAUUGCAAGCGGCAGUGCGGGCACGUCUGCUCCGCCAACGGCAAGGUUGCGUAUUCCGAUUGUGUAUGGUGCUGAGGAUCAAUGUUCUAGCAGCAACGAAUCGGGAAGCAGCAAAUUUGUCGCGCGUCGUCGUCGUGGUCCCGUGGGAUUAUAUCGAGCGGGUAUGCGGCACGCUGCACCAAGCAGUGGAUUGCAGGACGCACCAGCAGAAAGGCUGAGCGCUCGCAUGAGAGGACGAGCCCGAGCUGCACUUCGCGGACGAGGAAGCAAGCCACGUGGUUCGAAGCACUGA